AUGAAGGGCAAUAACUUUUCGCUAUGCCAAGAUGUGGGUGUGAGCUUCACCAGCGAGGCGUGCGCUCUCAUCUACCUGGUGGAUGGCAGCACAACCGACACUUUCACCGAUCUGACCAAGGACUACACCCUGCCAGUGUUCUAUGACGACUCGCGCCAUGGUCCCUCUUAUAUGGCUGAAGCCCAUGACGUGAUUGCCAAUUCAGCUUACACCUGUACCGAGGAUUGCACUGAGAUCUAUGACAUAAACGGAUUUCGCAUCACCCAGGCAGCCGAUGGCCUGGUGAAGGUCACUCGUGUGGACAACAAGUGCUUGAUUCGCACCAGUCCCGGCAAUGGGACAAUGGGACCACCUGGCAUCCAUUGCACUGCCUCUCUGGGCAAGACCUCGCAUCUGUUUGUUCGGUGAGUGUCAAACCGAUGCU